CCUUGAAAUUCUCCAAAGAGAGAAAACGAUCCAGAGACCAUAAAGUUUAAGACUUUGUUGUACUUUGGAGCUCGAUUUUCGGAAACAAGAAAAUCAGAAAAGCUUUCAGAGAUAGAGAGAUUCUCGAGAAGGAGGAGGGCAUUUCUUCAAUGGCGACCAAAGUUUAUAUCGUGUACUACUCCAUGUACGGACAUGUGGAAAAAUUAGCACAAGAGAUAAGGAAAGGAGCUGCUUCUGUUGAAGGAGUUGAAGCCAAACUGUGGCAGGUACCCGAGACGCUCCAAGAAGAUGUGCUCUCUAAAAUGAGUGCACCACCAAAAAGUGAUGCUCCUAUUAUCACCCCAAACGAGCUCGCUGAGGCUGAUGGGUUUGUCUUUGGCUUCCCAACAAGGUUUGGUAUGAUGGCUGCUCAGUUCAAGGCAUUCUUGGAUGCAACAGGCGGACUUUGGAGGACUCAGCAACUCGCCGGUAAACCAGCAGGAAUCUUCUACAGCACAGGGUCUCAAGGUGGUGGUCAAGAAACCACCGCAUUGACUGCCAUUACUCAGCUGGUUCAUCACGGGAUGAUAUUUGUCCCGAUCGGGUACACAUUUGGAGCUGGUAUGUUUGAGAUGGAGAAGGUGAAAGGUGGAAGCCCGUAUGGGGCGGGAACAUUCGCCGGAGACGGGUCGAGACAGCCAACGGAGUUGGAGUUGGAGCAAGCAUUCCAUCAAGGGAAGUACAUCGCUGUCAUAAGUAAGAAGCUCAAGGGACCUUCUGCUGCUUAGAGUUCUCUCAAAGGAUGAAUUCUAUUAUAUUCUUGAUUCUUUGUUAGCAAGUUUUUACACUUUGGCAUUUUGCGAUUUUCUCGUUUUGGACAUGAUCUAAAACUGAAAUGAGUUACUUCGGAUCACG